AGCGUACGUAGUGUGACUCGUGUACAUGAAAAGAUGUAUCACAAUCACUCGAAGUAUUCGGUAAAGCACACAGAUCGGACAUGCACCGUUUUUUAGUUCGCGAUAAAAUUAAAAAAUAAUAAUAUAGUAUUUAUUUCGGUAUUCGAUUCAGGAAAAAAUUUAUCCGAUUAAAUUAUUGUAGUCGGGAUAUUCUUAACAAUAGCCACGAUGCGUGCUUAUCCCCGUUUGAUUUUGACCGCGGUCACUGUUAUGAUCUGUAUGAGCUUGCCUGUCCAAACAUUAAACGCGGGACAGGGAACAUCGGUGCAUCCAGCUAGUCGCCUGGCCCGCGAGGCCCGAUCACUUCAAUCUAACCAAAUCGAAGCUGGUAACAGCAGCAGCUACAGCGGAGCGUUAGAUUCCCAGUCAUCAGUCGAAAAACAGCGGUACAUUAUCGAGAUGAUGCGACACGCUUGGAACAAUUACAAACUGUACGCUUGGGGUAAAAAUGAACUGAACCCGAUAUCUAAACGCGCACAUUUGUCGAGCGUGUUUGGCUCCGGGGAGAUGGGAGCCACCAUUGUUGACGGCCUGGACACCUUGUACGUGAUGGGCCUGACCGACGAGUUCCGUGAGGGACGUGACUGGAUCGCGGAACAUUUCAACAUCAACGAAAUCGAUUCCGAACUAUCAGUGUUCGAAACGACGAUACGUUUUUUGGGAGGUCUGCUGUCUUGCUACGCUCUGACCGGUGACACCAUCUUCAGAGACAAAGCCGCCGAGGUCGCCAACGCCCUGCUGCCUGCCUUCGAAACUCCCACUGGACUUCCAUACGCUUUAAUCAAUCCAUCCACUAAUGCCAGCCGCCAAUAUCACUGGGCAGACUCGAACAGUAUUCUCUCUGAAUUGGGUACAUUGCACCUCGAGUUCUCAUACCUGAGUGACGUCACAGGACGUGAAGUCUACAGGAACAAAGUGGAUAAAAUACGUGAAGUACUCUACAACAUUGAGAAGCCCGGUGAUCUUUAUCCGAACUACAUCAAUCCUCGAACCGGACAGUGGGGACAAAGACACAUAUCCCUGGGAGCUCUGGGUGACUCGUUCUACGAGUACCUGCUGAAGGCCUGGCUCGCAUCGAACCGCGGCGACGAGCAGGCGCGCACCAUGUUCGACACGGCGAUGCAGGCCGCGCUCGACAAGAUGCUGCGCGUGUCGCCCUCCGGCCUCGCCUACCUCGCCGAACUCAAGUACGGCUGGGUCAUCGAAGAGAAGAUGGAACACUUGUCUUGCUUCGCUGGUGGCAUGUUCGCAUUAGCCGCUACGACAUUGGAGAAUUCGUUUUCUGAACGGUACAUGGACGUCGCAAGGAAACUGACCCACACCUGCCACGAGUCCUACUUCAGAUCCGAAACUAAACUGGGACCAGAGGCAUUCAGAUUUUCGAACGCAGUCGAAGCCCGAGCUCAGAAGAGCGACGAGAAAGUUUACUUGCUGAGGCCGGAGACGUUUGAGAGCUACUUCAUCAUGUGGCGACUCACCAAGGAGCAGAAGUACCGCGACUGGGGCUGGGAGGCGGUUCAAGCGCUAGAGAAGCAUUGUCGCGUCGAAGGCGGCUACACCGGACUCACGAACGUCUACCACCAGAACCCUCAGGGCGACGACGUGCAACAGAGCUACUUCCUCGCUGAAACACUUAAGUACCUCUACCUUCUGUUCUCGGACGACUCUCUCCUUUCGCUCGACGAGUGGGUGUUCAACACUGAAGCUCAUCCGCUUCCAAUUAAAGGCAAGAAUCCCCUGUACCGCAUGGCGAGCACGCCCGUGCCAAUAGAAGACAACCGAGUCUAAGAAGAUGAAAUCGACAGCUCUGUGUGCUUAGUGCCAGUUUUUUAACGUUCUCGCUAGCGUAAAAGUUAAGUCAAAAUUGUAUGGAGUUGGAACGUUUGCCUAUGUUUGCCGCUAGGGGUAUUGUUCCAGCUGCAUACAAAUUUCAGGUAACUUUUACGCUAUCGAGAACGUUAAAAAACUCGCACUACGCACACAGAUCAUCUGACGAGAAGAAGUCCCAAAGUUAAUUACGAAACUAUUCAAAAUGGCUGUUCUAACUAACAACCUGCCAACAAAUAACGAACGGAAGGGGUAUAGUCACGGAUGUGUGAUUCUUGUAGGCAUUUGUACAAAUUGAAUUUGGUAGCAUAAUAUAGAUUAUUUUGUAAUUGGAAUGUGAAAGUUUUAGUCGUAAUGGGUAUGUGUAUAAUGAAAAUUUCUUGAAACAAAAAGUAGCAAAAUAAAUGGCCGUGUAAAAUUUGUAAUUAAAUAUUUAGUUACGCGUUUUUAAAUUGAUAUUUCAAAUGAUCAAUGGAAGUUUAAUGGUAAUUUGUUUGUUCCAUUAUGUUGAUAAAUUUUAUAAAUAAAUUAAGUAAAUAAAUAAAAACAAACUUAAGGUUUUUGAAUAAAAUAUAAUUUUAAUCCACUUAAUAUCAAUAACUGUAUAUUAGUAUCUGUCCAUGUGUGAAACGAAUCUUCCCGUAGAUUCGUGUCAUUAAUAAAAUGAAUCGGUUAAGAAAUUAAUGAGCGUCAUAUAUAAUAAUGGAAACGGGAGAAACUUGUUUAUAAAAUGACAAGAAAAAAUAACUAAAAUAUGUAUAUAAUAUGUAUAUGUCUUUCUUUCAACACUGUUUUCCAAUGUUAACAAUCAGCUGACUCGGAGUCUAGC